GAUAUGGACGUCACCAGGCGUUAGAGCCCUACCGACACAGUGAGGAGAGAGGGCGAUCCAGAGAUCCGCCGGUACCAUGGCUGCCAUAUUGGAGAGGAAGUGAUUCCCGUCCGCUGAAGAAAAGGGGGACACGCAAUACUGAUAAACCAACGGAGGGAUCGCUUGCGCUACACCCAACAGACAGUAAAAAGGGGUGCGGCCUCCGUUUGCUUUUUUGCCAGGAGCCGUUCCUGACCAGGAUCUAGUUGGUACUGGGGUUUUUAAUCCCAGAUCUCGGUGAAGAUGGCGGACCCGGCAGAGUGCACCAUUAAAGUGAUGUGCCGUUUCAGGCCCUUGAACAGUUCAGAAGUGACCAGGGGGGACAAAUACAUCCCAAAAUUUCAAGGGGAGGACAACGUUGUCAUCGGGGGGAAACCAUAUGUGUUUGAUCGAGUGUUCCAGUCCAACACCACGCAGGAGCAAGUGUACAAUGCCUGUGCCCAGAAGAUUGUCAAAGAUGUUCUUGAGGGGUAUAACGGAACGAUAUUUGCCUAUGGGCAAACGUCAUCUGGUAAAACACACACAAUGGAGGGAAACCUUCAUGACUCAGACGGAAUGGGGAUCAUCCCAAGAAUAGUGCAGGACAUUUUUAACUACAUUUACUCUAUGGAUGAGAACCUAGAGUUUCACAUCAAGGUUUCAUAUUUUGAAAUAUACUUGGACAAGAUUAGGGACCUUUUGGAUGUGUCAAAGACUAACCUUUCGGUUCAUGAAGACAAAAACAGAGUCCCCUAUGUUAAGGGGUGCACGGAACGUUUCGUCUGCAGCCCGGAGGAGGUCAUGGACACCAUCGAUGAAGGAAAGUCAAACCGGCACGUAGCUGUAACAAAUAUGAAUGAGCACAGCUCCAGAAGUCACAGUAUCUUCCUGAUCAACGUGAAGCAGGAGAACACUCAGACGGAACAGAAACUGAGCGGGAAGCUGUACCUGGUGGAUCUGGCAGGCAGUGAAAAGGUCAGUAAAACCGGAGCUGAGGGGGCGGUGCUUGAUGAAGCCAAAAACAUCAACAAGUCUCUGUCGUCGCUGGGCAACGUCAUCUCAGCGCUGGCUGAAGGCUCGACCUACGUUCCAUACAGAGACAGCAAAAUGACCAGGAUCCUACAGGACUCCCUGGGGGGAAACUGCAGGACCACCAUAGUCAUCUGCUGCUCCCCCUCCUCCUUCAACGAAGCUGAGACCAAGUCCACGCUCAUGUUCGGGCAGAGAGCGAAGACCAUUAAGAACACGGUGAGCGUGAACGUGGAGCUGACGGCGGAGCAGUGGAAGAAGAAGUACGAGAGGGAGAAGGACAGGAACAAGACCCUGCGUAACACCAUCACCUGGCUGGAGAACGAGCUCAACCGAUGGCGGAACGGUGAGAGUGUGCCCGUGGAGGAGCAGUUUGACAAGGAAAAGGCCAACGCCGAGGCCCUCGCCCUGGACAACGUGGUGAACAACGAGAAGCCGGCCUCGUCGCCCGGGGUGCCCGGGGUCCGGCUCACGGACGCAGAGAAGGGGAAAUAUGACUCGGAGCUCGCUAAACUGUACAAGCAGCUGGACGACAAGGACGAUGAGAUCAACCAGCAGAGCCAGCUGGCAGAGAAGCUGAAGCAGCAGAUGCUGGACCAGGAGGAGCUGCUGGCCUCCUCCCGGCGCGACCACGACAACCUGCAGGCGGAGCUGAACCGGCUGCAGAUGGAGAACGAGGCUUCCAAGGAUGAGGUGAAGGAGGUGCUGCAGGCCCUGGAGGAGCUGGCCGUCAACUACGACCAGAAGAGCCAGGAGGUGGAGGACAAGACCAGAGAGUUCGAGCUCCUGAGCGAGGAGCUCAACCAGAAAUCGAGCGUUCUGGCCUCCAUUGACUCUGAGCUUCAGAAACUGAAGGAGAUGACCAACCACCAAAAGAAGAGGGUCACGGAGAUGAUGUCCUCUCUGCUGAAAGAUCUGGCUGAGAUUGGCAUCGCUGUGGGCAGCAACGAUAUAAAGCAACACGAGGGCAGCGGGCUGAUCGACGAGGAGUUCACGGUGGCGCGCCUCUACAUCAGCAAGAUGAAGUCGGAGGUGAAGAGCAUGGUGAAGCGCAGCAAGCAGCUGGAGAGCACGCAGGCCGAGAGCAACAAGAAGAUGGACGAGAACGAGAAGGAGCUGGCCGCCUGCCAGCUGCGCAUCUCCCAGCACGAGGCCAAGAUCAAGUCCCUGACGGAGUACCUGCAGAACGUGGAGCAGAAGAAGCGGCAGCUGGAGGAGUCUGUGGACUCCCUGAACGAGGAGCUGGUGAAGAUCAGCGCGCAGGAGAAGGUUCAUGCCAUGGAGAAGGAAAAUGAGAUUCAGACGGCUAAUGAAGUCAAGGAGGCAGUGGAGAAGCAGAUUCAGAGCCACCGUGAGGCCCACCAGAAGCAGAUCAGCAGCCUGCGUGAUGAGCUGGACAAGAAGGAGAAGCUCAUGACCGAGCUGCAGGACCUGAACCAGAAGAUCAUGCUGGAGCAGGAGCGUCUGCGCGUGGAGCACGAGAAGCUGAAGACCACCGACCAGGAGAAGAGCCGCAAACUGCACGAGCUGACGGUGAUGCAGGACAGGAGGGAGCAAGCCAGGCAGGACCUGAAGGGGCUGGAGGAGACAGUGGCCAAGGAGCUCCAGACCCUGCACAAUCUGAGGAAGCUGUUCGUUCAGGAUCUGGCAACGAGAGUGAAGAAGAGUGCGGAGAUGGACUCUGAUGAUACGGGGGGGAGUGCCGCUCAGAAGCAGAAAAUUUCCUUUCUUGAGAACAAUCUUGAACAGCUCACCAAGGUUCACAAACAGCUGGUACGUGAUAAUGCAGACCUUCGCUGCGAGCUUCCGAAGCUGGAGAAACGUCUUCGGGCUACGGCUGAGCGGGUCAAGGCGCUGGAGUCUGCUCUGAAGGAGGCCAAAGAGAACGCGGCCCGCGACCGCAAGCGCUACCAGCAGGAGGUGGACCGCAUCAAGGAGGCCGUGAGGGCCAAGAACAUGGCCAGGAGGGGGCACUCCGCGCAGAUCGCCAAGCCAAUCCGGCCCGGCCAGCCCCCGGUGGCAUCCCCCACCCACCCCAACGUGAACCGCAGCGGUGGGAACAUCUACCAGAACAGCCAGCCCGCCACCAUCCGCGGAGGGGGCGGAGUCAAGCAGGACAGGAACUGCUGAACACCGAUCAUCAUCACAGUGGAAGUUGCAGAAUAUUACCCAGAACACCUGUCAUUCCAUUACAGCCAACUGUUUUUUCACCGGAGGAUUUUUCCAGUAUAUAUAAAUAUAUAAACUCUAUACCUGGCCUGUACAGUUCUACCCUGAUCUUUUUUUCCCCAACCUGUAUGAAAUCCAUACCCUUUACGAAACUAAAACACAGACGAAAGAAACAAAGAGUGCAAUCUAGGCAUCCCGCAGAAACUAACUUCGUGUAGCUCCGUCAUAUUGCACAGUAUGUUGUCAUUCAUGUCUUGAGAUUAGUCCGCACUGUGCCAAGUUGAAUGUAUGUUACGGAUUUUCAAAAAAAAAAAGGAAAAGAAAAGAGGAAAAAAAGGUCCUAGCAGAAACCUCCUAGCCUAAUUUAUGUACAUUCAGUUGUUUUUAGGGCUCGUACAACCCUUUUUCUCGGCGUAGAUUUGAUAAGCUCGUUUGAAGUUGAGUUGAAUCGAUAAAUUAAAACACUACUGUCCCGUUGUACAGUUUGAAAUAGCACUGAGUAUGUUUUCUUAAAAUGGGUGUUUAGAUUUGGGGAUGAAACUGCCACCGUUCUUUUUGCUAGGGAUGUUGGGAACAGUGCACUCUCGAGAGGUAACCAGAUACACAAGGUCUUUACACAUGAUGGAAAGAAGGAGUUUGCGAUUGUAGUCGGCACAGGAGGAAGCUGCUUAGUAAUUAACAGCAAGUACACAUUAUAGCCAGGUUUUCAGCAAAUUAAUGUACUGUACGAUAACGAAGUGGUUAAUUGCAUUGUUACUGAAUGAUAUCUAUAUCUGCAUAUGCAAAUGUAUAUGCCUUUGGUAAAUGAAAAUGGAACACUUGGUUGUCCUGUCCAUGAUAUUGUCCAUUUGUCAUCUAGUCAUGCUUUUUUUUUAAAUAUGUUAUUAUUUAGCUGUGCGCUCAUGCUCCGAUAUCAUUUUAAGGCCUGUUGGACCAUAGGCAUGUAUUGUUUUUAGAUGAUUUUAAUGAAAUUAUGGGUUUCAUGCGCUCAAACCCACGUGUCUUUUUUUUAAUCUCUGCUGCGGUUAUUGAGGUGAUAGAACUUUAUUAUUAAUAUUGUUGCUAUGCUACCUGUCGUGAAUUGUGCAACCCAUGACGUUUGGAGAGUAUCACUUAGGAAACUGAUCACUGAUGUAUAGUAAUAGCAUUUUAUUAAUUUGCUUGCAGUGUAAAUUUGGGGGAGGGAGAAUGGGAGGAAGGGGUUAUUUUAUCAAAAUUUUUUUCUAAUUUUUUUCCCCUCCAUUGGGCUUUUGUAAGACC